GUCGUUCUACUUGGCCUCUUCAACGGGCAGGGCAUGGAUUUGACUGCUCCUGAUGUCUACGUACUCCUUCGUACCACUCCGGGUGAAGAGUACGUGAAAUGUGUGAUGCGAAGCGGGAGAAUGCAAGGCGCCCUGCUAAUUGGAGAGACAGAUCUUGAAGAGACCUUCGAGAAUCUUAUUGUCGAUCAAUUGGAUAUCUCGAGUAUUGGCGAGGACCUACUUGAUCCUAAUAUUGACAUUUCUGACUACUUUGACUAA